GUCCCUUUCCCAUAUUUUCAGUUUAUAUUGCAGCACUUAUCAAGAUGUGGAGUCUUCCAUCUACAAGAAUUUCUUGGGUGGUCUUCAGUUUGACAGUUACCUCCCUUGUUGUGAGUAGCACUUACGCUCAAACGAAUCAGAGGAAAUCCUGUAGAGACGAAUGUUACCCAAGAAGGGUGAACUGUUUGUCCCGGUGUAAAGAGGGGUUCUGGCUGAACCUUUCGAAAUUUAGAUUCUUAAUGUGUGCCGAUAAAUGUGAGACUAAAUCUCUGAUGUGUUCCCCUCGAUGCGAAUGCUUGGCUGUCGCUGAACGAGAGAAGGUGGGAUGUGACCAAGCAUGCAGAGCAUACCGUUUUAGGAGCUCCUUCGACGAAUCGCAUUGUUUAAAGGAAUGCAAGUAUGAGUAUGAAGGUGUUCAAAAGAUAUGCGAGGGAGGUCGAGGACAGCCGCCCAAUGAUAUAGAAACUCUAAACGGACAUCCAUCAUGAUGUUUGAUUAAAAACUAUCGUAUCUUCUCUGGCAUUUAGGUUUACUCUGAGUGAUGAGAAGGUAUACCUAGACUUUGUUGCUUUGUACAAUCCAGUUUUAAUUUAUGGUCUAUCCGUUUUGUUUUAACUGUAUCCCUUGUUUUAAUUGUAUGUAUCAUUAUACUCAUCGUGAGAGCUUGCGACUGAUACAUCCAGAAAUGUAUAUUCAUAUUAACCACGGUCGUCUUCCAACCAAAACUCCCAGAACUUGAAUACUAAUGAUUUUUUUUAGAAUUACAUAGGACAUUUAUGGUGUAAAAACGCAAAUAGUGCUUAUUGUCUGUUCUUCUAUAGUUGGAUAAAGAAUUUAGCAUUAUGUUUUGUAUAUAUUUAAAUUAUCCAGGAAAGACGCUAUCUUGUACAUUAAACUUAUUAACCUGAUUAACAUCUCGUGGGUGUUGUCACGACGACUCUCAGUGAGUGUCUAAGAAGUCAUUAUUUAUACCUUUGUUGUUAUAUAGUUUUAAAAAAUAAAAUGUUUUC